AUGAAAUACGUAGCAGUUUUUACUGUUCUAUAUGUAACGAGUAUUGGUAACGCUGCAGCCAAAUCUAAAGGAGGCAAGAUGCCAAGCCAAGCGAUUAAAUUGUAUUACCUGCCACCAUCGCCACCUUGCCGAGCCGUGAUGAUGACGGCAAAGGUUAUCGGCUUAGAACUGGAUUUGGUACUGACUAACAUCAUGAAAGGUGAACAUUUGACGCCCGAGUUCCUAAAGAUGAACCCUCAACACUCGAUUCCAACGAUUGAUGACAGUGGUUUUAUUCUAUGGGAAAGUCGGGCAAUAAUGUCCUAUCUGGUGAAUGCAUAUGGCCGGGAUGACACACUCUACCCAAAGAAUCCACGAUUGCGAGCGGUUGUAGACCAAAGGCUACAGUUUGACCUUGGCACUUUGUAUUCGAGAUAUUCAGCUUUAUACGCGCCGAUGUUAAUGCGUGGUGAACCAUACAACGAGGAGUUAGCAGCAAAAGUAACAGAAGCGCUGGCUUGGCUCAACACAUUGAUAGAAGGAAAAACCUUCGUGGCUGGAGAUAAUAUGACCAUUGCAGAUAUAAGCAUAAUUGUUACUAUUAGUAGUUUAGACGCAUUCAACUUUGACUUCAGCGCUCACGAUAAUGUAUCGAAGUGGUACGAGCGGACUCAAAAAGCACUUGAACCAUACGGUUACGAAGAAAUUAACAAGGCAGGUGCACAACAGUUAGCAUCGUUUUUGAAGAAAAAUUAA